GUCCUUGUAUUCAUAACGGCUCAGAUAGCCUGUUAUCUAAUCACAGAUACACAGUAAGAAACAAGUCUCAGACAUCACUGCCUAAGUUUUUGAAAGAAAAAAAAAAUUACACAUUUCAUCUUAUGUUUAUUACACAGGUAAAGCUGGGACUGCAACAAAAGCAAGCACAUCUGUGCAGCACUGUUAACAAGAGAAGUGAAGAUGAAGGGGCACAAACUCUGGCACACAAUAGGCAGAUUAUACACCUUUGGUCCUCAGCAUGCUGGUUCAGCCUGUGUUGAAGUCUAUGCCACUAAAUCUUCAGUGUCUUUGUUAUGCCUUUGUUAACAGUGAGCACAAGAUUAACAGUAGCAUGGUUGCAGCCAGUGGUGCUGCAAUUGCACCUUCAAUUGUGGUGUAGAUGAAUCACAGGAAGAGCAAGAUUUAAAUUAACUCCUGUUACUGUAACAGUCAAAGAAAAGGCAAGGUAAUCAAAUCAAAAAAAAAAAAAAAAUCUUUCAGCUGGAACUCUGAAAUUGGACCAGAUGGUGAUCAGAAACUACAGGUGACUGGCACAUGCCCACCCUGAGAUUGGCCCCCCAACUCAGCACCACCCAGGACAGGGUAGUUUUUUUGCUUUGCAGGCUGGUGGAGUGCUGGGGGGCACUAAGCCACAGCACAGAAGUAUAGGAGUGGAUAUAGGGCUUCUGGCCCACCCCUGGGCUCACCCACAAGUUGUGCCUCCCCAAACUCCAGAGGCACCCUUGCCAGAAACCUAACAGAGUACAAGGGUGAUGCUAUCUUACUCAGACUCUUACAUCUUGAACCAGCAGAGAGCCCUUAGACUUAUUUCCAUCCCUGUUAAAUAGGUUUGCCUGCAGGGUAGACCAAAAGUACGUUUUCUACAUUUUACUCUGAAAGUUUCUCUUCAAGUUAACCUAAUAUAUUUUGUUCUUUGUACCUCAAGAGCUUAUUGAGAUAGCUUCCUCCAUUUAUUAGCAUCUUGAUAGGAAAAAAUCUUUGAAGGCUUCCAGUUGUAAGCAUCCUGAACCCCCACUCUAAAUCUAUUUUUUCUAAUUCAGUUGCAUCAGCCUGAGGUGUUAAACCACACAGACAUAGAAGUGUGAACUCUUCUCCCAAGGAGGCAGGCAGCUCCGCAAGACAUUCAGGUGAACAAGAGCAAGUAAUCAAGGGGUUCUCAGUAACCUCUUUGAGAGGAUAUUUAGGGCUUCCAUGCUGAAAUCAUUGUUUCUAGAAGAUGGCUGGACGCAGUCAGAUUUACACCAGGUCUGCACAGAGACAUCACAUCAGAACACCUAGGGAGGACUGCAGUAUAGAAGCGUAAAAUAGGAAUGUUUUCUUAAGCUCAUGUAACAACACUGAAGGAAAACUGUAUGUGUCCAAAGUCAAACCAGCCAAAUUAAUUCUAAGUCUAUGAGCCAUUCAAGAGCUAUACACAGCUCUACUAUCAGCAAACAUCCUCUACCCCCACCUGGGGCUUCAGAUGCUUCCAAAUCCUUUGGCAGGGUUCCUACAUGCAGGCCCAAGCCUAUGGACUUGGGGUUUGGAUGCCCCUGAGUUUUGCUUGUCCUCAGCCGUACAGCUGCAGAAGCAACCAUGGGAAGAGUAAUUUCUAUAAAGUCAGUGUGUAGCUGGAAGUUGGCCAGUGGGAAGCUAACCAGGAGGCUCUCAUAGGGAGUCCCAUCUGCAAGCAGACAAGGGUGCAACCCUCCACUACUCAGUGCCAUUUUAGUUAUUACCUUGGCCAGGCCACUUCUCCUGCCACCACUGCAGUCAAGUUAUUUUCCCCACAUCAGACUUAUCUGUAUAUAUUUCACCUUCAUUCCCAACUACAUUAAGCCCCAAGAGGCUGGAUCUAGAACAGGCUCCCCCAACAGAAGGAGGUACGGCAGCAUUGCAAGCCUCCUGUCAACAGCAGCGAGCAGAGGAGUUUAACUCGGUGUCUUGAACAGAGAACUGAAGAGGAUUCUGAAGAAGUUCAAACAGAACAAACAAAAACUAGAGGAUUCAGUGCUGAUUGGCUGUUCAGAUGAAUGCAUGGCAUACUUUGCCCUGGAUUUAGGUUCCUUGGAAAAAAUGGACAUUGAAUCUGAACUCAAGGGAUCAUUUACCGAGUUAUGGAAAGCUUUCUUCCAGCUAGAUGGGAAGGAUGCCUCCUUGCUGUCCUUGGCUCAAGCUCUCCUUCGCUGGCAUGACACACACAAAUACUGCAGCAAAACUGGCCAGCCUACUCAGAAGAACCUUGCUGGCAGCAAGCGUGUUUGUCACACCAAUGGAAUAAUUUAUUAUCCACAGAUGUCCCCAGUAGUUAUCACUUUGGUGUCUGAUGGGAGCCGGUGUCUUCUUGCACGGCAGGCGUCGUUCCCUCAGGGGAUGUACAGUGCUCUGGCAGGCUUCUGUGAUGUUGGUGAGACACUGGAGGAGACUGUCCGCCGGGAGGUGGCAGAAGAAGUGGGAUUGGAGGUGAAGUCAAUGUGGUAUUCUGCUUCUCAGCACUGGCCUUUUCCCAACAGCUCGCUAAUGAUAGCUUGUCAUGCUACGGUGUGGCCACAGCAGAAUGAGAUCAGAGUGAACAAACUGGAGCUGGAAGCAGCCACUUGGUUCAGCCUUGAAGAGGUUGUGGAGGCACUCAGAAGGGAACCUAGGCCUCUGAAACAAGAAGAUGGCAGGUUCUCACUCUGGCUGCCUCCAAAGUGGGCCAUAGCCCACCAACUGAUUCAGGAAUGGGUUAAGCAACAGAGCAACAUGCCUGCUUAGGCACAGUCAGUCUACAGAGACGGAUUAUUUUACCAGGUUACAACCAUUGGGGAAGCGUUCUCAACGGCAGUGGUGACCCAGUCAGUAUGACUUACAAACUCAGGUACACAAGAGGCACAGUUUUAAUGAUAAGUCCCAGGCACUCCAAUCGCAUGGAAGCAUUGAUUAAGACCUCAGCUCCCAGCAAAACUAAACAAAAAAGUCCAGAAAGCCUAUACAACCAUAUGUAUCCUAGAAACAGGAUAUACCCUUCUGGUACUGCAUUCCAUCUCCAUCCAGUCUCCCUCUGCUCUUGUCUUCAUAUACUAAGCUUCUUACUUCCUUGGGAUGCUUACCAUGUUUGAUCCAUGAUCACAUAUACUCUGGCAACUAAAAAUUGUUGAGAGGCACCACUUUCCAACUCAAGGCUGAAUAUGCUGCCCCUGUCAUACUUCCAUCACAGGGAAAUGAGAGAACAAUGAUGGUUUGGUGAUAAAUAGGGAGUAAAACAAGGGUAAAUUUUUAACUUGAAUGAUGAGCAGAAAGGAACUGAUUGGACAAAGGGUCUGCACUUCUGUACCUCACUUCCUUGCUUUAUAUUUUGCUCUUUUUUAACUUGUCCCCACAGCCAGUUUUACCAUAGCAACACAAACAUCCAUAUCUGCCUAUCAUUUUCUGUUCCCUUCCCUGCCAACACCUUCACCGUCACACAAAUCUGCUCUAGCCAGGGUCAGUAAUUACAGAGUGGAGGAGCAGAGUAAUUCAAGGCAACACUAAUGAUAAGGACGAGAGAGGCCUGGAGACAGCUGCAAAUAAGAAAUUCAGCCCACAAUUGCUGUAUAGGCCAGCUAUCAAAACCCAGAAAAAGUAAUAUAUAUGUAGUUUAUAUUGUGCAAUUUCUGUAUCCCUUUGGGAAUUCUACAUUUAGUGUACAGAACAGGAUGUGCAUCUCUUAGCUACCUCUUUCUUCAUAUUUUAUAACAAAUGUUCAGUAUAUAUUUGCAACAUAUGUUUAUGUCAAUCAGCAGUAGCCUAAUCUGGUGGAGAUUUAUGGCAAUGUCAGAAUUCACUAGAGGCUAGGCCUCUUGAAUUCAGAAAAAUUCUACUUAGCUUGUUAUUCAGUUCAAGCUGGGUUUCUUUGAUCAGUCCUUAUACUCUAUACAAUUUUGACUACCUGUUUUUCUUACUCUCUACCAGACAAAGGGGAAAAAGCUAAUUUCUUGUUUUCAAAAGCUUUAAAAAUGCCCAGAAUUAAAAACAAGUUAUUGAAAAAGCCGUUUUUCUUUUAAUUAUCAAUUAAUAACAAUUAAAAUAAAACUAAUCUGAUAUCUUGCCUGAUUUAGGAGUAUUGGAUGGAGAUUAUGAACAGUAUGGAGAGUGAGAGAGCACUGUGGCAUACGGAGCAUGUACUCUCUCCAUCCAUUAUCACUGUGGACAUUCAUCAUCAUCUGCAUUUUAGCAUGCAAGUGUAAGAGGAGCUGAGCAUGGGCACAUGUUUUCCCUGGGUCUCUCUGCUUGGAGGGCCACAGGAAAAGGUCCCAGAAGUCCUUCUAACUUGAAGUGAAAGUGCUAAGUCACUAACGAUGCAGUGUUGUCAGGUGCCUGCAGGGAUCUAAUCCUCAUAACAACAGAAGAGAUUAGGCAUGAUUACGUACAGGAUAGGUGAGCAAACUGGCUGGAUACCAUAGAAAGAGGUGGGGGCAAAAUGGCAAGAGGGAUGUGGCUUUUAUGUGAACCUGCAUCAAGGAUCUAGUUUAAUCCCAAUGACUGCUUAAAAAUUAGUCAAAAUACAGCAUUGUCCCUACCAAAGUCAUCUGGAAAAUAUGGACUGUUCUAUGACAGUUUCAGAAAAAUGAAGUGGGAUUACUUUUCCACAUAGAAAUCAUAUAACAAGAACAAUGGACUCCAGCAAGAUAGUGUUUCUUACUCUACAGUAAAAUGUAUUCUUACAGUAGAAGAUCAGAGACACGGAGCAGGUGUAAGUCAGCAUAACUCAAUUGACAUCAAGGCCAAUUUACACCAAUGGAGAAUCUGGCUAUCUAGCCAUGAACCAUUUCAUAAACUGUUGUAUGAAGUGUUGAGUCCUCUGUGUAUUCAAGUCCUGGAAACCAGGUUACUGCAGCUCCAACCAGUGUCUGGCCAAUCGUUAGCAUUGUAUAAAUAAUAUUUUGAAAUGAGCAGAAUACAUGGCCGUGAUACAGCAGUAAUGAAUAUUGAUUUAGUCCUUGCAGCAAGUGCAGAGAAUGCUUCAUUUCUAAUAAAAAAAUCCAGUUUAUAUAGAUUUUCAGAUGAAAACUCUCACUGCUCUGAAGGAGGUCAGGUUCAGGUCAGCAUUCUGCACAU